GAAAAGUUUUGUUAUAGACAUAUGCAUGUAGGCACGUUUCCACUAAGCCCACGCACGUAAAUAGUAACAGACACGAGGGAGGCUUUUGUGUGGGGGGUUGAAACGUCUAGUCAGUCCAUCGUGGAGAUUGCUGUUUGAAAUAUUUCGUGAUGUAUAGUAAAAUAAUUGUAUUGUGUGCACUGUUAUUGUACGAUCUAUUGCAAAUACCCUUGCGGUUUAUUGUCACCAGCAUUUUAGAAGUUUCGAAUAAGAAUAUACUGCUACAUCAAUAAUAACGAUAAAAUGUCUGUCGUAAGUGAUUGUGUAGAGGAAAAUAAUGGUAAAAGGAGAGCGACUUUUUUCAAGUAGACACAAUGGAUAAAUAUGAACAAAUAUCAAUAGUGGGUGAGGGAUCGUAUGGUAUUGUUAUUAAAUGUAAACACAAGGAAACGCAACAAACAGUAGCUAUUAAGAAAUUUUUAGAAACGGAAGAAGACGCCGCCAUAAGAAAAAUGGCACUUCGCGAAAUACGGAUGCUUAAGAGGCUCAAACAUAUAAACUUGGUUACGAUGAUCGAAGUAUUUAGGUUUAGAAAAAGAUUUUAUUUGGUAUUUGAGUACUUAGAAGGGACCGUUUUAGACGAAUUAGAAAAAUUGCCAAAUGGUUUAGGUGACGAUCGUGUUCGUGAACGAAUUUUUCAAGUGUUGAAAGGAAUUCAGUUUCUUCACCGUAACAAUGUGAUUCAUAGAGACAUUAAACCUGAAAACGUGUUAGUGUCGUCUCUGGGUGUUGUAAAAUUGUGCGAUUUUGGUUUUGCUCGAUUAAUAAGUUGUACUGGUGAGAUUUGUACAGAGUAUGUAGCGACCAGAUGGUACAGGGCCCCAGAAUUGCUGGUGGGGGAACAAAUCUACGGUCCAGCUAUCGACAUCUGGGCCGUUGGUUGCCUUUUUGCCGAAAUGAUGACCGGAAAUGCCCUGUUUCCCGGAGAAAGUGACAUUGAUCAACUCUAUUUGAUAGUAAAACUAAUUGGUAGACCAUGUUCAAAACAUCAGAAUCUAAUUUCGAGAAACAUCAGUCUCAAAAAUAUAACGAAAUCAGUAAAUGACUCGUGCGGUUUAUAUCGCGCUUUCUCAGACUGGUCUGAUUCUACCAUCAACUUCUUGGUGCAAACGCUGAAGAUGAAUCCUGACGAAAGACUCACUUCUAACGAACUACUGAAUCACGAUUAUUUCGUCAAGGACAAUUUUCCAGAAAAAUUCUUCCCCAUUCUGAAGGAACGUAUCGAAACGGAGCUCAGUCAAAAUCCCCUCCUUUGGAAAUAUAAAAACGACAUUCUGUCCUCUUCCGAUCAAAAACUGGAAGACUUAAAACUCAGCUCGUCGCAGUCGAAUGCUCAGAAAUGGAAAAUUAAUUUCAACGAGAGUCAAAGUAUCAAAAGAAAACUGAGCGGCGACGAAGUUGUUCUACCAGACUACAAUAACAAAUUAAAUUCUGUCAAGCAACAGUACACAUCGUCAUCAGUUGUACUAAAAAGGACAGCUAAUGGCAAAUGUAAUAAUCAUAAUAACGACGUUUUGUCUAUUACAACAUCUUCGCAAUCGCAAAUGUUUCGUAAAACUUUGGAGAGUCUUUCUAAAGCAAGCCAGAAAUCGAGAAAUCAGAGUCAAACAGAAACACAAAUAAAAUCGAGCAAUAACGGGAAAAUGUGUUUGGAAAAGGAAGGCAAUUUUAAGAAAAGCAGUCUUCUUUUCCUUCACUCCAAAUUUAAUGAAAACAAUAAUAGCGUGUCAUCAUUAAGACCAUCAAACAUUAGCCGAAAUAAUAAUCAGCAAUUUCAGAAAAAUGCCGGAUUUGAAAACUUAAAAACUUCGUACUUAACGAGUUACAACAUCCAGAAGAAUGACCAGUGUAUCUUACCUGAUAUUCCCGGAGCGACACCUUCCUCAAAUUCGAGGAAACGUUUCUUACCGAACAUAUCGAAUGUUGUUUCUCAAACCCAAAAUGUAACACCGGAAUAUCGUUACAAAAAAGCAAAACGAAAAUAUGAACAUGUUGCAAAACAAAAGUUUCGAUUGGUCCGGAUUGAAAAAAAAUGAAGAAAAACAAAACGAAGAUACA